AUGGUGCUAUCAAGGAAAUACGUUGUACAAACUCCUUUUGUAGGAGAACCUAAUAAAAGUAAUUUCAAAAUUGUAGAAGAAGUUCUUCCUGAAAUUGCGGAAAAUGAAUUUCUUGCUGAAGCAGCAUUCAUCAGCGUGGAUCCAUAUCAGCGAAUGAAACUUGGAGCAACAUUCCCUUGUGAUAUGAUUGGUGGUCAAGUGGCUAAGGUGAUAGAGAGCAGAAAUUCCGAGUACCCAGUAGGAUCAUGGGUAAUGGGGCACUUUGGGUGGAGAACCCAUACGAUUACAAAGCCCGAAAAUGAGAAGUUCUGUGGCCAAAAACCGUAUCUUUACAAACUACCUGAUUUUGGAGAUCUGCCAGUGUCGCUAGCGCUUGGUGUUUGUGGGAGAGUAGGUAAUACAGCCUACUUCGGUUUCAAAGAGAUCUGUCAGCCUAAAGCUGGAGAAACAGUGGUGGUUUCGGGUGCAGCGGGAGCAGUCGGCUCACAUGUUGGACAAAUUGCAAAGAUUCUAGGAUGUAGAGUUAUUGGAUUUGCUGGCAGUGACGAUAAGUGCGAAUGGCUAGUCAAAGAAUUAGGAUUCGACUACGCAGGCAACUAUAAAACAACAAAUCUAGCAGAUUUUCUUAAAGAGGCUGCUCCAAAAGGUGUAGAUUGUUACUUCGACAAUGUUGGUGGAGAAAUUAGUAGCACUGUUUUGUCGCAAAUGAAUAACUACGGCAGGGUUGCAGUCUGUGGAGCUAUUUCAGGUUAUAAUGAAACCGAUCCCGAAAAAAGAAAAGCAACUAUGGUUCAAGGGUAUAUUGUUGGAAAACAACUGAAAAUAGAAGGAUUCCAAGUAAACAGAUUUGCCGACCGCACAAUCGAGGGUAUAAAUCAAAACUUAAAGUGGGUACGAGAAGGAAAACUUAAAUACAAAGAACAUAUUUACGAUGGAUUUGAAUCAGCUGACGACGCGUUCAUUGGUUUGUUCAGAGGGGACAAUAUUGGGAAAAGUUUAGUAAAAGUGAAAUAA